GACUCUCUGCCAAGGUCGAUCAGCUGAUAAAGAGUAAUCAGAACCAUGUCUUCAUCAUGGAAGAAUCCCCUCAGGAUAAAGGAACCGCAGACGCUACAUCAGAGGCAGACCAGGCAACUGAGGACCAUCACGAGGUUAGCUAUGUGAAUGGGCAAGGAUGGCAGUUCAAGAACUAUCACCCGAACCCUAAUGUGAGGAACAACCCCCACCUGUUCAACAACCCUAAACCCGACGGUAACGCAGAAAACGCUCAAGGCAAUCAGGUUCAGAACAGUGGAUACCAAAGGGGGUAUGGAAAUCAAGGAAGAACCUUUGUCCUCAGCCCAGCUCAGAAUACUCAGUUCCACAACCAGAAACAACCGACUAACCAGCAGUCUGCACAGCCUGCUCAGACUGCUCCACAGGACGAGAUGAAGAGUCUUGCCAAUAUGAUGAGCCAGCUGCUCCAACGACAGCAUAUCCAGGGAAAAGCACUGAAUCAGGUCACCAACGACAUCAACACCCGAAUGAAUCACAUGUUCAAUGACCUAAGUGCCAAAUAUGAUAAUGUCUCGAGCCAUAUGAGGCAGAUGGAUAUUCAGAUUGCUCAGACUGCUGAGAGUGUGAAGAGACAGCAAGGUACUCUCCCUGGAAAGACAGAUAAAAAUCCCAAGGAGUGCAAUGCAGUCGCGCUUAGGAGUGGGAAGCAGUUAACGGAUCCGGCACCCAAGAGAUUCACAACAGCUGAGAAAGGGAAGCAGAAAGAGUCAGAACAACCACCUGUAACCGCACCAACAGACGAGGAAGAAGCAGAGCUACCUGCUGAACAUACUCCGACCACUACAGAGCAGCCUACUGUGGUUGUUCGACCAGCUGCAGAACCUGUUCCCCCCCCCCCCCGUGACUAUGUGCCUAAGGUUCCGUACCCUGUUCCGGCUAAGGCCACACGCAAGGACAAGGAGGAGAUGAAAUGUAGGAAGAUUCUGGAAGACUUAACAGUCAGACUUCCUCUCAUGAGUGCAAUCCAGAUGAUGCCAUCCAUGAGUAGCUUUGUGAAGGGACUGAUCUCUGGAAAGAUAACCGAUGACAGUGAGUUCAUGGUGGUCUCAAAAGAGUGCAGCGCUGUUCUCCAGAACAAAAGGAUCAAGAAACUGGGUGAUCCUGGAAAAUUUGUCCUAUCCAUCCAAAUUGGGAGAACAGUCUUCUCGUGUUCAUUAGUCGAUCUGGGAUCAAGCAUCAACCUCAUGCCAUACUCUGUGGCUAAGCGCCUUGGAUACACGGAUUUCAAACCUACCAGGAUGUCCCUAGUGUUUGCUGAUCGAUCAGUGAAAUCUCCAGUCGGAAUUAUUGAGGAUAUCCAAGUUCUGGUUGGGAACACACUUGUCCCUGCCGAUUUCGUUGUUCUGGAACUCGAGGAAGAGUCAAAGGAUCCCCUGAUGCUGGGUAGACCAUUCCUAUGCACUGUCGGAGCUAUCAUAGAUGUGCGACAAGGAAAAAUAGACCUCCACCUAGGAGACAUUGUGAUGAGGUUCGAGAUGAAUCAGGUGCUCAAGAAACCCAUGCUGGAUGGACAAACCUUCACUGUCCAAGAGGAGGGUGAUCUGCUGGAACCGAGUGAUCAGAUGAUUGAGGAGAUCCUUACUGAUGAUCCGCUGGAACUAGCCUUGAUUAGAGCUGAAGCAGAACAGAAUGUCCAGAACAUCGACGCUGAUUGGUACGCUAAGAUUUUGGACUCCGCCAGAACCAUGGAAAGAUUAGUGGCAUAUCUCAGUCUGGGGGAGAACAAUGCCUCAGACCCAUCGAGCCCGCCUGUUCCACCAAGUCGGAACAAUCACCUGUGGAGUGAAUCCAAAGCUCCAAAAGUCAAGCUCAAAACACUCCCUAAGGGGCUUAGGUACGCAUUUCCUGGACCAAAUUCUACAUACCCAGUAAUCGUGAAUGCUGAUCUGAACAAUGCUGAAACUGCUCUUCUCUUUUGUGAACUUAGAAAAUAUCGAAAGGCAUUAGGAUAUUCUCUAGCUGAUAUACCUGGCAUUUCACCUAAUCUGUGCAUGCAUAGAAUACACCUAGAAGAUGAAUCAAUGACUUAUGUAGAACAUCAGAGGAGGUUGAACCCAAAUCUAAAAGAUGUUGUAAAGAAAGAGAUAAUGAAACUUCUAGAAGCUGGUGUAAUCUAUGCGAUCUCUGAUAGUAAGUGGGUUAGUCAUGUUCAUGUAGUGCCUAAGAAAGGAGGGAUCACUGUUAUAACAAAUGAGAAGAAUAAAUUAAUCCCUACAAGAACAGUAACUGGUCAUCGCAUGUGCAUUGAUUUUCGUAAAUUGAAUGCUGCGACUCGCAAGGAUCACUUCCCACUUCGCUUCAUUGAUCAAAUGCUUGAAAGAUUGGCUAACCACCCUUAUUAUUGCUUUUUAGAUGGUUAUUCAGGUUUCUUUCAGAUUCCCAUCCACCCAGACGAUCAGGAGAAGACGACGUUCACAUGUCCUUACGGAACAUACGCCUACAGGAGGAUGCCUUUCGGGCUAUGCAAUGCUCCAGCGACCUUUCAACGCUGCAUGAUGUCGAUUUUCACUGACCUAAUCGAAGACAUAAUGGAGGUUUUCAUGGACGAUUUCAGCAUCUAUGGAAGCUCCUUUAGUGUCUGUUUGUCAAACUUGUGCAGGGUUCUGAAGCGAUGCGAGGAGAAGCAUCUCGUGCUGAAUUGGGAGAAAUGCCAUUUCAUGGUCAGAGAUGGGAUUGUUCUAGGACAUAAGAUUUCAGAAAAAGGCAUCGAAGUGGACAAGGCAAAGAUCGAAAUCAUGAUGACUCUACAGCCACCAACUUCAGUAAGGGGAAUAAAAAGUUUUUUGGGACAUGCUGGUUUUUACAGAAGAUUCAUCCAGGACUUCUCGAAACUCGCAAGACCACUCACUAGACUGCUCUGCAAAGAAACAAAGUUCGAUUUCGACAACGAGUGCUUAGCUUCAUUUCACACGAUCAAGGGGGCUCUAGUCAGUGCACCGGUUGUCCAACCUCCAGACUGGGACUUCCCUUUCGAGAUCAUGACAGAUGCGAGUGACUUUGCAGUGGGAGCAGUGCUUGGGCAGCGGAAGGAUAAGAAGCUCCAUGUGAUCUACUACGCGAGCAAGACACUGGAUGAAGCUCAAUGUAGGUAUGCUACCACAGAUAAGGAACUCCUGGCCAUCGUCUAUGCUUUUGAGAAGUUCCGAUCAUAUCUCGUUGGGUCUAAGGUGAUAGUCCACACGGAUCAUGCAGCCCUUAAGUACUUGCUCACGAAGAAGGAUGCUAAACCGCGGCUCCUGAGAUGGAUUCUCCUCCUACAGGAAUUUGAUCUGGAAAUAAGAGACAAGAAGGGGGUAGAAAAUGGAGUAGCGGACCACCUUUCCAGAAUGAAAAUAAACGAUGAUACAGUGAUUGACGAAGAGCAACCAGUGGAACACAUCAGCGCGAUUGGUCUUUGCUACGCGGAACAACCAACGCGCAUAGAAACAGCUUGUUCCUCGCAACCAGAGCAGUUUGUGGCCGCAAUCCAGAAGCAAUAUCCUGAUCUACCGUGGUUUGCUGAGAUUGCAAAUUUCUUAGCCGCUGAAAAGGAGCCUUUGAAGUUCACAGGGAAUGAGAAGAGGAAAUUCUUAAGAGAGGCAAGGCAUUACUUUUGGGAUGAGCCUUACCUAUACCGACAUUGCAAAGAUGGGAUCUUCAGACGAUGCGUUCCGGAGGCUGAAAUUCCAGGGAUCCUACACCACUGCCACGGAUCUUCCUACGCUGGACACUUCGCCACAUUCAAAACAGUCUCCAAAAUUCUCCAAGCGGGAUUCUGGUGGCCAACAAUGUUCAGAAAUGCUCACACCUUCAUAUCCAGAUGCAAUGCAUGCCAGCGAAUGGGCAGUAUCAGCAAAAGGAAUGAGAUGCCUCAGAACUACAUAUUGGAAGUUGAGGUGUUCGACUGCUGGGGAAUAGAUUUUAUGGGACCUUUCCCGCCUUCUCACAAGAACGAGUACAUCCUGGUUGCAGUCGACUAUGUCUCAAAGUGGGUAGAAGCGAUUGCUAGUCCAACCAACGACGCACGAGUUGUAACCAAGAUGUUCACCUCCAUCAUCUUUCCAAGAUUUGGAGUACCUAGAGUGGUUAUCAGCGAUGGUGGAACUCACUUCAUCAACAGAGUGUUCCAAGGAUUACUGAGCAAGAACGGCGUGAAACACAAGGUUGCAACCGCCUAUCAUCCCCAGACGAGUGGCCAAGUGGAAAUUUCCAACAGAGAGAUCAAGAACAUUCUGCAGAAAACAGUCAAUACCACGUGUAAGGACUGGUCCCUCAAACUUGACGAUGCUCUCUGGGCCUACAGAACAGCUUAUAAGACCCCAUUAGGGACCACUCCCUAUCAUCUGGUCUAUGGCAAGGCAUGUCACCUACCUGUGGAGCUAGAGUAUAAGGCAACUUGGGCUGUUAAGCUGCUUAACUUCGACAUCAAACCCGCCAAAGAGAGGCGAACAAUUCAGAUCCAUGAGUUGGAGGAGAUUAGGCAUCUGGCCUAUGAGAGCUCCAAAAUCUACAAAGAAAAAACCAAGGCAUUCCAUGACAAACGGAUCAUCAGCAGAAGCUUUGCUCCGAAUGAUCAGGUCUUACUCUUCAACUCAAGGAUUAAGCUGUUCCCUGGAAAGCUUAAGUCUAGAUGGUCAGGACCUUUCACCAUCAAGGAGGUUCGCCCCUAUGGAGCUGUUGUGUUACCUCGCUUCAAACCUAAUCGGCUCACCAAAGUCAAGCUAGUGACUGAAAAGAAGCGCUUGGUGGGAGGCAACCCACUGGUUAGCGUAAAUAUUUCUUUUAUCUUUCAAUAAAAAAAAACUAACUUGCAAGAAGAAAAUCAAGAAAAUCGAGACCUUCUCAGGAGAACACUCCAACGCUUGUUCCACCGAUUGUUCCCAGGUAAGUGCUCGAACAAAAAAAAAAGAGAAGGGGGAAGUAGCCUAUUUAAGGCCCACUUACUUCACUCCCCCAUUAUCUCUCACGCCGCAAAACACUCCUAAGAACCCUAAAUCGAAAACUCUCAUUUCCUAUUCUUCUUCAUCGAUUUUGCUCUAAUCUCUUGGAUCCUCUAAAGAGCGGUUUGGUUUUGCAAGAAUCAUCAAUCCAAUCAAGGUAACCGCUCAGAUCCCCUUCCCCUUCGCGCAUCCAAAACGCGAUUUAUAAGUGUCCCCUCGGAUCCCCUCAUACCUUUUGAUUAGCGAUUUGAUCUAAGAUUGUAGCUCUAGAUUUCACACUUGCUACAAGGGUCUAAAUUGUGCUUGAUUAUACGGAAUAGGAACAUAUUUGUUGAUUGCGGUUCUUGAGUAAUUGCGAUUGUGUUGGGGCAAAAUGUUAAACCUAAGAACUUGUAGGUUGUUUAGAAAUUGAUGGACUUGGGCAGAAUUGAGAAAUUGGAAUGUCCCAUCGUUUCUAGAACAACCGUUGAGCAUGGCUAAUUUGGAAAUUGAUUUUGUUUUGCAGAUGCCUCCAAGAACAAGGAACCCGAAAGCACUCAAAGCCUCUCGUGGAGCAGCCACACCUUCUCAUUCCGCGAGUGUUCCAACCUGUUACCCAUGGCCGAACAAGGUUGAGGGUCAACCGAUUAACAUCAAUGACCCACUGCUCCUUGACUACAAUUGUGAGGGGUGGGACAAGGAGUCCGCGGCGAGGUACAACAGGCUUCUCGCAGCAGAACUUGCCGACACGAUUUGCACACGCGGAAACCCUAGCUGAUCUCGGUCUCGAGACAGACGUGUUCGAAACACUCGACGUCAUGGGCCUUGCUCCUCUCUGCUAUCAAGCCCAAGUUCUCUAUCCAGAUUUGGUUCGGCAAGUGCUCGCAACAGCUCAGGUCACUUACCAAAACCCCACCGCGCCAACGUACGAGAACUGCUCUUUUUCCUUCAUGGCCGACGGCAAGUUCUGCUCCAUCUCUCUCCAUGAUCUAAACGACCUUCUCGAGAUAGAAGACACGCCUAGAGAGGUCUCGGUUGAAAAGAAGUUCGCACCAGCAAACGCCUUUUGGGAUCUCAUUGCGACAGGAAAGUUCACCUCUCGCAAGGCUUAUUAAUCACAAAUCCGAAACCCCACUCUGCGUAUCAUUGCCAAGAUCGUCUCAAACAUCCUCUUUGCAAAGGAGCUCACCUCUAAGGUUACAAACGGAGAGCUGCAGGUUAUGUACACGGGGCUCGAGGACGAGAUCCGUAGAGAUAAAGUUAUACCAAUCCAGGAAGUGAAAACUAACCCUGGAUUCCUUCUCAUCUCGAUGCUCACCGAGCGCAAAGACUCCUUGCUCCGGACUGACGAUAAGAAGGACCGCUGCGGCAGUGUUCUCACUCCCUUGUUCAAACGUUUCAACAUCAACCUGGAUUCCUACACGGUUGUUCCUGAAAUUGAGUACAUCGACACCGCUUACUUGAUCACAUGCCACAUCCUGCGCGACGAGAGCACCUACAAGUUCGCUGACAAAGAAGGGAACACUCGCUACUGCAAGCUUCCUCUUCACGGGUUAACAAACUUCACGACCUUAGACAACAUAGUGUUCCUGCCCGACGCAGAACACUUGUGCGACGACCCACGAGCGCCAGUUCCAAAUGAGAAUGCUGACAUGGAUGAUGUGGAGGAUGUGACUCCACCUGCCGAUGGAACUUAUGAUCUGGAGGACCUCACUGAUAUUACUGAUGAUCACGCCUACCGAUGCUGGAUGGUUGAUUCUUAGAAGAAGAACAACAGCCUCAUGAAGAGGAUCCUCAGAGCGAUCACUGGCGGCUGCAUCGGAAGUCAAGAUGAGCAGACGACGCAUGGAACAAGGCGCCCAGGCAAGGAACCAGCGGGCACCUCAACUGGAGAAGAGAGACUUCCAAGGAACAGGAGAACAACCGGUCACUCCAGUAGCGGCGAUUCAGACUGAGUCCGAAAGGACUAUUCCUAUCCCCUUGUUUUAUCCAUCUGAACUAUUUAUUUCCCUGCUAUUUGUUUCUGUUUGGUUUGUUUUAGCCUCCUCCGAUUUAUUUUCACAACCAGGGAUGGUGUGAAGUAGGUCUGGGGGAGAGACUGUACUAAUUUCAUGCUUUCAUUUUUUCGAGUCAGUUCCUAGGAUCGAGUCAGUCAAAACUUAUUGUGGUAAUCAGGAACUUAUUUUGUGAUGAUUUCUUAACCACCUCGUGCUUUAACCUUCUUAUUCAGUGACCUUAGCAGUGAUGAAAGACCCACACAUGGACCUAGAACACCCAGACUUAUCUCAUUUGACACUCCAGAAGUUCUCCACCGAUCAGGUUACACUGGGUAGACUCAACUCCACUUUAUCUGGACCUAAUCUGGACUUUAAUUCUUCUUGUUAUGGGCACUAGAUCAGCGAAACGAGACCUACACUCAGGACUUCUUAUCCUUUAUAUCCAUCUUGUUGUUCCUGAGUGGCUAGCUCAUCUUUAGCUAGUUCCCACCUUAUACCUUAGCCUUUAUUCCACCUUCAGGCAUUUCUUUUUCAGUGUUAUAUGUGCAGGUAUGUGCAAAAAUGUUGGAGAGGAAAGGAUCGACGCAGUCUCUUACUCGUUAAUGCUGCAGAAAUUCAAUCAGAAAGGAGAACAAGCAGAUUAAGGGAGCAACUGCUCCAUGACCAAUGAAUCGUGCAAGUGGAACAGAAUGGUGCGAAUCAGAUCCACCAGUGGCCUCCUUAACAUCACAUGUUACCUCCUUCUUCGUCACCUCAACAUCUAUUUUCAUGCUAUGAUUAAAAAAAAAAAAAAACUCUAUCUUUCAUUUUUAGCAUUUGACGAUGGAGAAGGAGAUGAAUUCAAGAGAACACGAGCCACUGGGAAAGUUAAGCAAAGAGUUUGGUACUAAUUGAGCAUAUAGAAGGGGACGAGCAGAGCAGUCUGAUGACUGUUCCCGAACAAAGAACAGCCAUUCUAGAGAGAGCAAAAACGAGUAGAGGCUGUGGAUAUCAAUGGAUCCGUCCUCUCUUGCAAUUUUAUGCGAUAUCCUGUAUCCUCUACGAAGAAUUGGUAGCCCCUAAACACUCUUAACUCCACCAUUAAAUAGCCUGUUCCAUACCUAGACCGUCUAUCCUGAGUAACGCCUGUGACAAGAAGCUCACGAUAAUCUUAAUUGAAAAAUUGGAGUUUCGUCUCGAAAGUGUUGCUUUUUCAGGUUAAGAUGUAGAGUAAGGAGCCGAUCUUUGAACAGCGAUCAGGGGUUCCCAGUAAGUGUGUGUGGUCCUAAUCUACCGCUUGUAUGGUUCAGAGAUUUGUGGUUAGAGUAUGGUUGCUGAAAAUAAGCGAGUUCCCAUAUUUCCAAACAUUUCUCCCUGUUCUUGGUACUUGCCUUGUUCGAGGACAAACAAGGAUCUAAGUCUGGGGGAAUUGAUAUAUGGUGUUUUUCACAUCAUUGUAUAUAUGUUUUCAUAUUGAUUCGAGUCUCUAAUCCGUGUCGGUCUAGUUCUUUUUGAUCUUUUACAGGUCUGGAGUUGGUAGAAGAGUGAAGAGAGGGUGCAUGAAGAGAAGCUGUCCUUUUGGAGCAUUCCUGCGGAGAACACUCAAGGAGAACAGUCCUGAGACAGUUCUCGAGCGGAACAAGCAGACGGAGAGAUCCCGAGGUUGUUCCCGACAAAUAAGGAAGCUCCUAUUUCGGGAAUUAAAGCCCUGUUGCCCUAAUACCGUUUCCACCUGUUGGCGCCUCCAUAUAAAAAGGCCAUAUAUCCUAUUUUAUUUUCUUACGCUAGUUUUACAAGAGAACUAUUAGCUUUUGCGAUCUGCAACUUGUAAGGGAGAAGAAUCCAUUCUCUCAUAGAGAAGACAUCUGAACCCUUUGUUUCCUACUCUUAUUAUUAUGCAGUAUUAUUCAGGAUCUAUGUCUUUGACUGCUUGCAUCAUAAUCGAGUAGUGAUCUAGCUCGCCUAGGGUUUUUAGGGUGUUGAAUUAUGAGCUAAACAUAGAUAAGCUAUUCUUAAUCAUUCUUCAUUCAUACUGUUCUUAAAGCUUCCAUUAAUCUGAUCACUUAAUGUUAGAUCCUAAGUUAAAUCACCUAGCUAACCGCUUAGGAGAUAACUUGACACGUAUUGAAUGAGCUUAAUAUCCCUAAU